UGCGGAAAUGAGCGUUUUUCUUUCCUAUAUAGACAAACUAGGCUCAAAACGAGCACACCGAAGGGCCCCCGACAUUACCGCGCUCGGCCAGGAAAAAACAAUCGCCAGGAUGAAAAUGUUACCGAUACCACUGUCACCGUUGAACCCGCCCACGCCACUCGGCAUCUGGGGCUCCGAUCUGUUGUGGCGAUAUCCACCAGCACCUCCGAGCCCGCUGGCUGACCUCAAGACACAGCUUCCGCCCCAGCUCAACACGGAUCCGCGCAUUUGGGGUCGCGAGGAGGUUGCCGUAUUCCUGCGCUUUUGCGAACGUGAGUUCGAUCUGCCCAAGUUCGAUCUGGAUCUGUUCCAGAUGAACGGAAAGGCCAUUUGUGUGCUUACUAAAAAUGAUCUAGCAGAGCGCAGUCCAGGAGCGGGAGAUGUCCUGCAUAACGUUCUCCAGAUGCUUGUCCGCGAUGCACAAACCCUCCAUCGUCAUCUACCCAGCAGUCCAGUAACCCCGACCAGUCGAUAUCCGCUAUCACCUCACAGUCAUCCACCGACACCAAACUGGAGCGCUCUGGCUCCCCCGGAUAGUCCAUUCUUCCAUAAUUCCCACCUGCAGCAAUUCAUGGCAGCCUCCAAUUCGGUCACUUUAAGUCCAGCACCAUCCAUCGAUUCUCAGGCUGGAAGCCCGCCACAAAGCCACCAGGAACAACUGCAAAGCGUAUUCCAAAAAUCAUCCAGCAGCAGUAGUAGUCACACUCAAAACAGCACUUCCGGAGGAAGCAGCAAUCAGUCAGAUUCCGAUGAAGACAAUUCCACUGCCGGAUAUCAUCCACUAUCCUUGUCACACCCGGACAGCAAACUACCGCUGCUUCCGCAACAAAACCAGAGCCCCCCGCUGACGCCCAUUUCCAAGGAGACACAACAUUUAGGACAACUGCAGCUGCUUGAUACCAAGACUCUCCAGUAUCCAGUGUCUUCGUUGCUGAACAAUACCAGCAGCAGCAGCAGUGGCAACAGCAUCACCAGCAAUGGUGCCAACACCUACAGUGUCUCCAGCAGUAGCACCACCAAUGUUACCAGUUCGCCUGCCUCUCUAAGCAACGGUAAUUCUGCCAGCGUCUACAACUUGCAUUCGCUUAGUCUGAAGGGAUCGCCGCUGUCACCGCCAUCCAAUUCAUCCCCGACCGGUUCGUCAUCGGCGCCAACCACUCCAGGAGCGUUUCUUCCCGUGAAGCGGGAAUUUUUCCCCGAUAGUCCCGAACCCAAUACCAAUGGCAGAUUACUGUGGGACUUCCUGCAGCAGCUACUAAACGACCCGUCGCAGCGAUACAGCCGCUACAUUGCAUGGAAGUGUCGCGAUACGGGAGUGUUCAAGAUCGUGGACCCAGCGGGACUUGCCAAGCUCUGGGGACAGCAGAAGAACCACCUUUCAAUGAACUACGACAAGAUGUCACGUGCCUUACGGUACUACUACAAGGUCAACAUACUGCGUAAGGUGCAAGGCGAACGCCACUGUUACCAAUUCCUUCGCAACCCAACGGAACUGAAAAGCAUCAAAAACAUCUCGCUACUCCGCCAAACCAUGGCGAGUCAGAAUGCAAACGCUCAAUCGGCAAAUGCCACCGCUAACGGGCACUCGCUGAUGUCCCUGCUGCCGAACGGUGCUAACAUUCAUCACCUGGCAGCAGCUGCCGUAGCCGCUGCAGCUUCCCACCAGCAGCAAGCGAACGGUGGUGGUGGUCCUCCGAUUUCGCCGACCGCACUGCAUCAUCCCCACCACCCGGCACAAUCGUCAGUACAAAGUUCAGCGGCCGCCGCGAACGGUCAGGCAACCAUCAAAAUGGAAACCGAUCUAGACGAUCUAAAGCCUACCGAUCUGAGUACAACCGAUCGCAAGUACUACGGCAGUGCACCGAAUGGAGUCGACUGUUAUCCAUUGAUAAGAAACGCCAACGGAUUGACCACCAUCCAGCUACUGCGCCAGCAGCACCAACAAUCCCAUCCAUCCCACGACAGUGGUUCACCGCCGCCAUCACCGAAUCACCUUUCGCUCAACUCCCAAUCUCUGCACACCAUCAGCAACAACCUGCACCAUCUGCAUCAGCAGCAACUGCAAGCACAAGCUGCAGCCGCAGCGGCUGCCGUAGCUGCUGCCGAAGCCCGCCACCACCACCAGCAGCAGCAGCAGCAGGAAGAAGACCGACGACUGGACGCCCUGGAGCAUGAUCGCGAACACGAACGGGAUCGAAGCCCCUCCCCAGCCGAUCACCAUCAUCAUCAGCAACAGCAGCAGCACCAUUCAGAGACCGGAAAAGCCAGCGAGGAUGAGAGCAUGAUGCCAACGGAUCUCAGUAAAUCGGAACCAAUGUACUACAAAUAAGCCACCGACAGCAGCUAUACUGAGACCCCCUAAUCAAAUUGACAAUCAACGGGCCGCUCCGCUCCGGAGGACCAGCCCUCACACGGAGGAAGCAGCUUGUGCCACCGGGCACCGAGCUUACGUGCAGAGACCGGCAGCGAGUGCGAUAGUGAUCUCAAAGAAGAAAACAGCAUACAAAAAACACUGGUGCCAUCCUUUCCUAUGGUCGUUCCGUUCCGUGUGUGCGUGCGUGGUUUCUCUGCGAUUGAGCGUGCAAUUCAAAACGAGAAAUUAACAAAAGUACACGUGUGAUACCCCCCUUCCCCUCUUCCCCCAUUGAAACAAAUAUUAUAACUGAAGAACGUAGCCAACCCCCGACAACGUGCAACGUGUUCCAGGAUUUGGAGAAAAACAAAACCUGAUAAAGAAGAAAAAUGUGCCAAUCGUUCUCUCACCUAAUUUGUUAGCUUAUCGGCAACGUUGAGCUGAGGCUCGAGACCCAAUGUACAGAACCUGAGAAUGCGAUAUUAUACUCUAGUUAAAUUACGGAUUGCGAGCUAUAGCGGGCUCCAAUUGAAUUCGGUCCCUCUUUUUUAUGCUGUAUUAUACUGGAAGUUACAGAAAGUUCUACCCGGGCUUUUAAUUGUAGAAAAAAAAGAAAAUGAAAAAAUGCAAAAUUGUAGCUAAUAACGUUUUCGAGGAAAAGUAUAGCAGAUAUAUUGUUGAAGAAGAAUCGCGAGAUGAAUAAAAGAAAAUGUGUACAGUUUUAAUUGUUAA